CGUCACCAGCAUCAUCGGCCGCGCCGUGUUUCGCGUACGCGCUCCUGCAUCCAAACCGCCGUCGUCAAUGUGCAGCAGCAAGGAUGAAUUGCGAAAUACUACCGCAGGACAUCCAAUCAUUAUUGGAAUACUUCGCCAAGAACAUGUACCGCGCGAAGGAUUGUGAAAAUGGCAAUGACGUUAUGCACCGGUGUAACGUACUACUCCAGCAGGACUACAGCGUGAUCGAGAUCAGCAACACUACCGGUGAGCUAUCGUCGCACUAUCCCAGUACGCUGCUAAUACCGGAGUACGAGUACAAAAAUCUCUCCGGCAGCUCAGGCAAUAAUACUCAGGCACCAUCAGCACCGCCAACAACCGGCGGUUCUAAUAAUGGAUUCGCCAGCAUCAAUGACUUUCUCACACGAUCUGGCCAGCCACAAGCGCCUGCACAACCGCCACCACCAGCACAACCACCACCGUCGACCGUUCCAUCUAGUGGCCCCGGGCAGCAAACCAUCUACGAAACGACGUACGAUGGUAACAAGCUGCGCGAUCUUAUUAACAAAGCCCGUUUCGCACGGUGCCGGGCACGGUUUCCGCUGCCGGUUAUACUGUACAAGGGCAAGUACAUCUGUCGCUCGGCCACAUUGUCCGGAGGGCCGGAAAUUUAUGGCCGUUCCGGGUUGGAUUACCUCUUCUAUAGCCUAGACUCAACAGCUACCUCUCCGACGUUAGAUGAGGAAGCGUACGAAGCGCGCGAAACCUCACUGCCCGAGGAUACGUUCGAGGAACCGAUCACCAACAGCGACUGGCAGCUGUUCGAUCGCGUCCGUAGCCAGGACAUUAAGCUACUCAAAACUCUAAACGUCGGCACGAUUGUGGACUUUAUGGUGGAGAAGAAGAAGGUAAAGUUCGGCAUGAACGUUACGUCCUCCGAGAAGGUGGACAAAGAGAAUCGGUACGCCGAAUUCAAGAUCAUCUCGCUACCGUACCCGGGUUGCGAGUUUUUCCGUGACUACCGUGACAAUAACUACUCCGGCGAGGGGCUCGUCUUCGACUGGUCACAAGCGCACGUCGAUGCGAACAUUGGUGUACCAGACGAUACGGUGACGGCGCAGCUACAGAUCGACUGGGAAAAUUACAAGGAUUGGGAUCUGGUGAAGAUCACGCAAAACUAUCUGAAGCUAUUGUUGCGCUACCUGCAGGACAGUAGUUCCGGGUUGCUAAUACACUGCAUCAGUGGGUGGGAUCGUACGCCACUGUUUGUGUCGCUGUUGCGCCUUUCGCUAUGGGCGGACGGUGCCAUCCAUCAGUCGCUAAAUGCGGCCCAGAUCCUUUACUUUACGAUCGCGUACGAUUGGCUGCUGUUUGGGCACAAUCUGCCGGAUCGUUUGAACAAGGGUGAGGUGAUAUUUUUCUUCUGUUUCUACGCCUUAAAGUAUAUCGCCGAAGAUGAGUACAGCAUUUUGGGACAACGUUACAAGAGUAAGCACAGCAGCGGCAGUAGCAGCAUAGGUGUGAUACGAACGGACAGCGAAUCCAUGCUCGACGGUAUACUGCUCGAUGGGGAAAGUAGAGGCUCGAGCGUUUCACUCAACUCGACGUGCAGUUGUCUGAGUGGCCGGAGCUCAUCCCAGCACGAUACUCAAACGUGCAUCAGUGUCGGUGCGAAUGGUGCUGCUGUUAAUAGUGCACAGUCCGGUAGCGGUGGCAUUAAUGUAACGAUCGGUGGUUCCAUCAUCCAUCAUCAUGCGACUAGCGGUAGCCGGCCGAUUGUUGUCGGUGGUGUACAUAAUUCACAUGACGACAGUUUGAAUGCGAGCAAUGGCAAUGGCUGGUUAGCGCAUAGUCACGAUAGUAGUAAUAGCAGUAUUGGAUGCAUAUCGAACGAUAGUACUACUAAUCUCAGUAAUCAUUGCGCUUGGUCACCGCAACCGAAAAGAACUAGUCCCGUCUCAGUACCGGUAGCGAGUAGAUUAAGACAGCGCCAGGAAUCGACGUCCUCCCUGUCCGUGGGUAGUUGGCAGAUGAUUUCUGGCACCGGUAGCCUUCGCAGUACAGACUCAGCCACGGAACUGCAUCAUGCUGCACCACACAAUGCCCAUCAUCAUCAUCAUCAUCAUCACCACCACCAUCAUCAUCAACAGCAACAACAACAACAGAACCAGUUCCACCAUGUAUAUAAUAAUCUGUACGGUAACAAUCAAGGGUCAACUGCCGACACGACUACCGCAACGACGCCCAAUGCUAAUCAGCAUCACCAUCACGGUCCUGGAUACGUUCCACUUUCUGGUGUACCAAACCUGCAUCCUAUGCAGCAAUCACAAGACUCUAGCUGCUGUACGCUGCUGGACGAUGAAUGUUUCAGCUCGUCCUACAGUCACGACUUUUAUGCCAUGCGUCGUGAACGAUUGAACCAAGUGCGGACACUUUUCUACAACUGCUACUACUCGACAAUCGCAUUCAAAUUCAAAUCGGUACCGGACUCGGCGCUCGGCAGUUUGCUAGGCAACUUUGCGGAAAAAGUUGGCCUUGCCCACCGGACAUCGGUGUAGG